CUAGGGCCAAACCAAUUACCUUGCACACAGCAUGCUGCUGCUUCAGCUUUAGCAGGGUGCCUGAUGCCUUCGUGUGCUUCAGGAGGGAGCAUGCCCUCGUGAUCAUAACUUAGUCUUGAGUUCAGGUGUUGGGUCGGGAGUGGUCAUAACUUCGGGGAAAAUAUUGCCGUCGUUACCUGACAUUGAACGGCAACCUUCACGAUUUUCCAUAAAUUUGAGCUUUCCUGAACGAAGGCGGUAUCAUGACGUGGCAUCGUCUGCUGCUGCUUGCGCGAAGGGCCGGUGGACCCUCUUCCGGCGCUCCCACCUCCUCUAGAUCCGCGCCUUACCUCCGUCGGUAUUUCACAACCCGCAUAGCCGCAGCACCCGCAGACACCGUUAUUACCGCCCAUGGCCGCGGAACGCCCAUCCUCCUCGCCCGCCCGCUCAUCCCCGCCGCUUCCGCCUCCCCCCUCCGCCGCUCCGCCUGGCACUCGCCAUCCGCCUCCGCGCACUCCGCUUCCGCCUCCGCGUCUUCCCCAUGCUCGCCCCCCACCCCCCUCUCCGCCUUCUCCCGCGCGCUCCACUCCGACUCGUCCGCUUCCGCCAAGCUUUCCGCCGCCCCUCCUUCCGAGCCUUUUGGCUCGUCCGCGCCGUCUGCAGCUUCGGCCGCCGGAGCUGCAGGUUCGGCAGCCGCUGCGCCAGCCUCGGGAUCGUCGGUUUCCCCUCAGCUGACGUCACCACCACCUCCCAAGGCGGUGCCGCUUUCGAACCUGAUGGACAAUUUCCUGGAUGGGACAAGCAGUGUCUAUUUGGAGGAAUUGCAGCGGGCGUGGGAGCAGGACCCCACCAGUGUGGACAAGUCGUGGGACACCUUCUUCCGGAACUUCACAGGCAAGCAGUCCUCGGAGCCUGUGCUGCGCACGGAGGCGGGCAUAUCGGGGCAGACGAUCCAAGAGAGCAUGCGCCUGCUGCUGCUGGUGCGCGCCUACCAGGUCAACGGACACAUGAAGGCCAACUUGGACCCCCUGGGCCUUGACAACCGCAAGCCACCGAUUGAGCUGGACCCAGCCCUCUACGGGUUUUCAGAGGCAGAUUUGGAUCGGGAGUUCUUCCUAGGCAUCUGGCGCAUGUCGGGCUUCCUCUCGGAGAACCGCCCCGUGCAGACGCUGAGGGAGAUCCUGGCGCGGCUGGAGCAGACGUACUGCGGCACGGUGGGGUACGAGUACAUGCACAUCGCGGACAGGGAGCAGUGCAACUGGCUGCGCGACAAGAUUGAGACGCCCGCCAAGAGGAAAUACGGCAAGCAGCGCCGACAGGUGAUUCUGGACAGGCUUAUUUGGAGUUCCGAGUUUGAAAACUUCAUCGCCAACAAGUGGGGAGCGGCGAAACGCUUUGGGCUUGAAGGAUGCGAAACCCUGAUCCCGGGGAUGAAGGAGAUGAUCGACCGGGCAGCGGAUCUCGGCGUGGAGAGCGUGGUGAUCGGCAUGGCGCACCGCGGGCGGCUGAACGUGCUGGGGAACGUGGUGCGGAAGCCACUGAGGCAGAUCUUCAGCGAGUUCAGCAGCGGGAUCAAGCCGGCCACUGGGGAGGACGGGGAGGACUCGUUUUACACUGGCACUGGAGAUGUGAAGUACCACCUCGGAACGUCCUAUGACAGGCCGACACGUGGUGGCAAGAGAAUCCAUCUCUCACUCGUUGCCAACCCAUCCCAUCUCGAAGCUGUGAGUCCGGUGGUGAUUGGCAAGGUGCGUGCGAAGCAGUGGUACGCGCGGGACGUGGAGCGCAAGCGCAACAUGGCAGUGUUGCUGCACGGCGACGGCAGCAUGUCGGGGCAGGGCGUGGUGUACGAGACGUUCCACUUGCAGGAUCUACCCAACUAUGAGACUGGCGGCACCAUGCACAUCGUGGUCAACAACCAGGUUGCGUUCACCACCGACCCCAAGUCCUCCCGCUCAUCCGUCUACUGCACGGAUGUGGCCAAGGCGCUCAACUGCCCCAUAUUCCACGUGAAUGGGGACGAUGUGGAGGCCGUGGUGCAUACGAUGGAGCUCGCAGCGGAGUGGCGCCAGCGCUUUCACUCGGACGUGGUGGUCGAUAUCGUGUGCUACCGGCGGUUCGGGCACAAUGAGAUUGACGAGCCAUCAUUCACACAGCCAGUGAUGUACAAGGUCAUCCGCAACCACCCGCCGCCCCUGGAGAUCUACAAGCAGCAGCUGGUGCAGCGGGAGCACAUGAGUGAGGAGGAGAUUGCGGAGCAGGAGAGCCGCAUCGACGCCAUCCUCAACGACGAGUUUGCCGCCAGCAAGGAAUACGUGCCCUCCACCCGGGACUGGCUAGCGGCGUACUGGUCGGGGUUCAAAUCUCCGGAGCAGCUGUCCCGCAUCCGCAACACCGGCGUCAAUCCCGAGGUCCUCAAGGAGGUCGGUCGCCUCGUGUGCAAGCUUCCCCCUGACUUCAAAGCCCACCGUGCCAUCAAGCGGGUGUAUGACGCUCGCCUGCAGUCGAUCGAGACAGAGGAGGGUGUGGACUGGGCAACAGCAGAAGCCUUGGCCUUUGGCACACUUCUUGUCGAGGGCAACCACGUGCGGCUGAGCGGGCAGGACGUGGAGCGAGGAACCUUCUCCCACCGCCACGCCGUGGUGCAUGACCAGGAGAGCGGGCGAAAGUUCGUGCCGCUGAACCACGUGCUGAGGAACCAAGUGGACGGAAUGUUCACAAUCAGCAACAGCUCUCUGUCUGAGUUCGGAGUGCUGGGUUUCGAGCUCGGUUACUCGAUGGAGAACCCCAACUCGCUCGUCCUCUGGGAGGCCCAGUUCGGUGACUUUGCCAACGGUGCGCAGGUCAUCUUUGACCAGUUCCUCUCCAGCGGCGAGUCCAAGUGGCUGAGGCAGACGGGCCUCGUGUGCCUGCUGCCCCACGGCUACGACGGCCAGGGGCCGGAACAUUCUUCUGCAAGACUUGAGCGGUACCUGCAGAGUUCCGACGACAACCCCUUUGUCAUUCCGGAGCUGGAGGAGACGAUGACACGCCAAGUGCAGGGCGUCAACUGGCAGGUUGUCAAUGUCACCACCCCAGCCAACUACUUCCAUGUGCUGAGGCGGCAGAUCCACCGGGACUUCCGCAAGCCACUCAUCGUGAUGUCGCCCAAGAGCCUGCUGCGCCAUCCGCGCUGCAAGUCCCCUCUGAGCGAGUUCAACGACCGCGAGGGCACACCCGGGUUUGAGAAGCGCGGGACCCGGUUCAAGCGCCUCAUCAUGGACUCUAAUGGGCACGGGGAGCGUGAGGAGGGCAUCCGCCGAGUGGUCUUCUGCUCUGGCAAGGUGUACUACGAGUUGGAGGAGGAGAGGGAGCGGCUGGGGGCUGAUGACGUGGCAGUGGUGCGUGUGGAGCAGAUCUGCCCCUUCCCCUUCGACCUCGUGCAGCGCGAAGUGCAGCGCUACAGCAAGGCUGAGGUGGUGUGGACGCAAGAGGAGCCAAUGAACAUGGGGGCCUAUGCCUACGUGGCACCCCGCCUCACCACCGUGCUACGCAGUGUCAAUCGGGGGGGCUUUGAGGAUAUUAAGUACGUCGGGCGGCCUCCGUCGGCUUCUACUGCCACUGGAUUUGCGUCCACGCAUGUGAGGGAGCAGAAGGAGCUUGUGACCAAGAGCUUCCAAAAGGAGGACAUUCCUCUAUUUCCAUGAGAAUGCCCGUUGCUAGUGUGAAAACUGUAGAAAUGUUUUGAGAAUGAGUUACACCGUAGCAGAACAUUGUUGCUCGGAUUCUGUGGCGCUAGUGCACAUUGUACACAAGGAACUUCGGGGCAAUAUUGCAACUGGAGUUUUCUUUAACGCAAUAUACCGUAAGUGAAGCG